CCUUGUUUCACCUUGAAAGCUCUCCUCGGUGUUGCCCUCCCAACCUCAGCAAACACCUCCAACCAUACAGAUCUGUUACACAUUAACCUGGAAAUCAAUCACGUGGGACGUUUUCUGUGGAUUGAAGAUUAUUCCAGGGAAACGUGAGGGUGUAACCAGGGUCUCAGAGCAGGAAUGUUAGUUACUGACAGCAAGUGAUGAGCAACAGUCAACACUAACAGUGAAAAUCACAGGACUUUUCCCCACUCGAUAUUGUAGGGAAUAUUUGAACUGCGCUUUCCCUGUUUGUGUGGCUAUAAUGUGAUUCCCACAGAAAACGAAAGCAGAUUAGCCUCUGGACAUCGCCAUCCCGGACACAGGUUUAAUUUACUGUUUAUAGUGAAGAUUCUUCUCUUUCGAUGCAAAACCUAAACAGUGCUCGAUGUCCUGACAGAUGAUGGAGAAGAUUUUCAUUGUGAUUUUCCUGUUUGAGAUUCCAGCUUCACUUUCCGAUUCUUUUAUAGUUAAUGGUCCACGUCAGCCUGUCCUCACAGCUCUGGGGAACGAUGUCACUCUGGGAUGUUGGUUAACACCAGGAGUGGCUGCAGAUAUGAUGGUCGUGGAAUGGAGUAAAUCUGAUUCUGGGGUUGUGGUGCAUUUAUACACACGUGGAGUGGAUCGACUUGAUCAGCAACAUGAAGCCUACAGAGGAAGAACUGAGCUCAUUAGAGACGGGAUGACUCGAGGAAACUUGUCUCUCAGACUGAAGAACGUGAGGUGCUCAGACCAAGGAGAAUACACAUGUUCUGUGAGAUCCACAACAGAUUUUGGUGAAACAACAGUGGUUGUGAAAGUUGAAGACCGCAGACGGCUGCCCUUGAUUUCCAUGGCAGGUUACCAGGACUCGAGGCUUAAACUCACCUGUAAAUCAAAAGGCUGGUAUCCCGAACCUCGUGUAGUUUGGUUUGAUAGGAGUGGAGCAAAGGUGAAAGCCAAGACUGAAACAUGCACUCAGGGGUCUGAAGACUGUUGGAAAUGUGAAAGUAGCAUUGAUAUAACCAGAGAUUCUACAGACAGAUUCACGUGUCUGACAGCAAACUUUCUGGAGGAAAGUGAGGCGAAUAUCCAGGUAUCAGAAGUGUUUUUCCACCGAGGCCCAGACUGGCUGGUGGCUUUCCUUGUGACGUUCACUCUUGUGCUUGGAGCAGCUGGUGUGUUGAUGCUCUUCUGCAGAAAACGAUUGAAAAAAGUAAAAGUUUAUGAAAAUCUAAAAAAGGGAUUUAAAAAUCUGGGUAAGUAACAACAUUACAAACAUCCCCGAGCCUCAGCCUCCCCGAGAGUCAGGUCCUCGGAGACCUACCACAAGCCCUUCCUGUGCUCUCUGGUGACCUCAG